AUGUGGAUUAUUUUGCGGAAUAUUUAAAAAUAUUGUGUCAUAGAUAUUUGUGUUUUUAAAUCCCUAUGUACAGACGUCGGGUGAAGCGCGGUGAAGGUUAAAGGGGGGCCUCACCCCCUAUGUUUUAGCGGUCUCAGAGCCACGAGCCUCUCACAGUCAUAUAUAGACCGUAGACCGCUUCAAGUGAAUCUCUUUCAACCUGAAAAUUUAUUUACCUUAUAUUUUAUAUAUUAUACUUACAUUCUUAGGAGUGGUCAAUAAGUAAAAGCGUCAGUGAGUUUGUUGCUGUUGGUUUAUACUAAGAAUAAACCACGAUGGCUGCAUGUAAAGAGAAUCUGUAUCCUAACUGCGAUCCGACUGUAUGGCUCCGAUCCUGCGAGGAGGAGGUCACUGAACCAUUGGAGGGACAAAUUACAGGUGAAAUUCCAUCGUGGGUACGCGGUAGCCUGCUGCGGAACGGGCCAGGGUCACUCCAAGUUGGCUCCGAGCGGUUCGAUCACCUGUUUGACAGCUCCGCCCUGCUGCACAGGUUUGCUAUCCACGAUGGGAAUGCUACAUAUCAGUGCCGUUUUCUGCAGUCUAACACAUACAAGCGUAACCAGGCGGCGCGGCGCAUAGUCGUCACGGAGUUCGGCACCAGCGCGGCUCCCGAUCCAUGCCACACCAUUUUUGACAGAGUAUCAGCACUUUUUGAUCCUGGAGAGUCAAUGUCGGACAACGCCAUGAUUUCUCUGUACCCGUUCGGUGACGAGAUGUAUGCCUUCACAGAGGGACCAGUCAUUCACAGGGUGGACCCGGUAACGCUGGACACGCUGGGGCGGAGGAACCUGACACAGAGCCUGGCGCUGGUAAACCACACAUCGCAUCCCCACGUCAUGCCCAACGGAGACGUGUAUAACGUGGGCAUGUCCCUCGUAAAAGGACGCCUGCAGCAUGUCGUGGUCAAAUUCCCAUUCACCGAAAAAGGGGAUAUGUUCGAGCGAGCUCGCAUCGUAGGUAGCAUGAAACCACGAUGGCCAUUACACCCCGCAUACAUGCAUACUUUUGGUAUAACGGACAACUAUUUCGUGAUAGUAGAACAGCCCCUGUCGGUGUCCCUGGUGGGCGUGGUGCGGAACCAGCUCUCUAACAAGCCCCUCGCGCGGAGCUUGCAGUGGUACCCGCAACACGAGACGCACAUAGUCCUAAUAAGUCGAAAAACUGGGAAAGAAGUGACGCGAUACCGGACUGACACCUUGUUUUACCUCCACAUCAUCAACUCGUAUGAACAGGACGGCAGGCUGAUCGUCGAUAUUUGUGCGUAUAAUGACGCUAAGGUGAUAGAUGCUAUGUACAUCAAGGCCAUUGAAUCGAUGCAAAGCAACGCAGACUACGCGGAGUGGUUCCGCGGACGGCCCAAGCGGGUGGAGAUCCCGCUAGACGCCCCGCGGCUCACCCGCAUCGCGCCCCGCCUGCUGGCGGGCCUCGGCUGCGAGACGCCCAGGAUACACUACGACCUACAUAAUGGAAAGCCCUAUCGUUUCUUCUACGCGAUUAGUUCAGACGUCGACGUUGAAAACCCGGGAUUGAUCAUCAAAGUGGACACGGCGACAAGUGAGAUCCGGACGUGGUGCGACGCGGACUGCUAUCCCAGCGAGCCCGUCUUCGUACCGCGACCAGGUGCUAAGGCAGAAGACGACGGCGUGUUGCUGAGCGCGGUGGUGCGCGGUGCGGGCGAUCCAUGCGCCGUGGCGCUGCUGGUGCUGGAGGCCGCAACCCUGCGCGAACUCGCGCGCGUCAUGUUCCGCACGCCUUCGCCUGCGCCCAAGUGCCUGCACGGAUGGUUUCUGCCCGAGCGGGUUUAGGGCCAGCUGCUCCUAACACAACUGAUCAAAGUCACUCAACAGCGAAAUAUGUAACCUCCCAUAAAAUACGAUUUAGCGAUCGAACCAACCCUUGAACAAUAGCCCUGAAUGCAGUGACGACGAAAGGGCGUGUUGCUGACCGCGCUGAUGGUUAAAAGCGGCGAUUGCAUCUAUUGUCCCUUUCUGGACCCGCGCUUAUGCGGAUACCUUACCUACGCGCAGCUACGGCGCUACUGCGGCGCUACUAGUGUUGUUUUUCCUAUACUGUUAAAACAAAUGUCAUUUGUAUAUUAUAGACUAAGUAAAAUAAAAAAUGUGAUCAGAAAUAACAUAAAUAUUAAAGAAUGGAAAGGAAAAUUGGUAGGAAAAUAGGUAAGGUCCAAUAGUACAAUAUAUUAAAGUACAAUAUUAAAUUCCACAUACAAGAAUAUGUACUUUUAAUAAUUAAUGGAAAAUGUAAAAUAAUUAUAAAUAACUAAAUAAUGUAGGUGAAUAUUAUAGGUAGGCAGGUGCCUGUUUCGCUUAUUCUAAGGAAAUCCUUAGGCGAGAUACAAGAUUGUUAUUUACUGGCGAGAAUUGGCUACUAAUUAAUAAGACACUUAUAAGAUAUUUUUUUUAUAUAAAAGUAAUUGAUUUUUGGAUGACUUGAACUUAAAAAAGUCUAUCUAUGGAUUCCGUGACUAUUAGACAUUCUAAAUUUCGUCGCGUCUUCUUAGAGGUUGAGUUUUGCCAGUCAUCGCAUUACCAAAGAUAAAAUGGUAAUAUUAGCGCAUGUAACAAGAAAUGCAAAAAUAUUUCAGCUACUCUACAAUUAAGUAUGUGAUUGUUCGUAUGCAUACAUAGGUAUGGGAAUACAAUGGAGUCCCGACUACUAGUCUAUGUACAACCGUAGGUAGAAGUAGGUACCUUAUAAUUAUAAUAGGUAUAUGAUUGUGUUUAUUCGCGCAAAGUUAGUAUUAUCGUUAUUUGUGCAAGGUGUCUUUAAUAAUGUAUUCAUCAUACAAUAGGUACACAUCAUAAAAACUGAUGUCAAAUACUUAUAUACUCGUAAUUCAGAAUUUCUGGUUUACGUUUCUUUAUUGGUGGCACAUCCAUAUAAGGGUGUUAGUUUAUCAUAUUUAAUAUUGAUUGUAGAAAUAAUUCCUAUUAAACUUUAAAUUGUAAGUGCUUAUAAACUGUCUAUACAACGAAAAAAUAAAUGUUUACAUGCUACACGCACGAAAUAGGACAUUGUGUAACAAACAACAACGACAACAAGCGCAAGAAAACAAACACCAAACAAGGGCGGUAAACAAGAAUGUACGAACCAGUGUGAAUUGAAGCCCGAGGCCGAAGGCGAGGGCUUAAUUGACGUGAGUUCGUAAUUCCUGUACCGCCAGUGGACCACAUAAUGUUUUUCAUCACACUUGUGAGGAAAAAAGAAAAAUCUUCUGCCUAAUUUCGAAAUUUAGGAUUUACGGACUGCAUCGCCUAGCCUAUCCAGUGUGAUGAAAAAUCAUUACAGGCUUACAGAGUCUUCAUAUUUUUAAUGAGUGUGAAUUAAUUGUGAUAGGAAUUUAGUUAAUAUUUAGUCCUAAGUGAUGAACAAUUAUUGUAAGCAAAUUUACAUAUUAUUUAUUUUUGCUAUUAGGAGGAAUAGUGCUUGUACGGUUAUUCAUAUGGAAUGAAAUAUACAUAAGUACCAAUAUGAAAA